CCCUCAUUUUCAGAAAAAAACAGAACCGGGCCUAAAAAAAAUUGAGAAAUUUCCUUUUUCUUGAUCAUCGAAAAACAAAAUUCUUAAACCCUAAUAAACCCCAGAGUCUUGAAUCACCAUGAAUGUCUGCAAAUCAUUUGCAAUAAAUUUAUCAUCAUCUCAAUCAACAGUAAAACGACUAUGUAUAGCUCUUCAAUCAUCUCACCUCUUCUCCACCUCCUCCUCCUCAUCACCAUCGCCAGAAUCCGAAUUGCUAGUUUAUGAAAUUGAUAAGGAAUUUUCUAGGUUUGAAAUUGAUCACAAACUCCAACCUCAGAAAUAUAUGGGUAAUCUUGAUUGGCCAAAACCUAGUGAAAUACCUUGGCAAUCAAACAAAACUAAUUCUAUUAACUUGAUUGGUUCAAUUUCUAUGCCUGUUCAAUUCCAAGAUGAAUAUCCUGAUGGAAAAUCCAGGCUCAUCGCUAUUCUUUCGCGUGAUUCGGCUCCGUUUCUUCGGAUCCCCAUAAUCUUGAAAGGUUGUCUAGCAGAUAUUGCUGCUGAGCAUUUGAAAGAAAAAGACGUAAUUCAUGUAGCUGGGCAUUUAAGUGGAGUUUCACUUCCACCAAAAUUUGUUAAAGAAUAUGGUCAUUUUGGUAUCCAGGUUACGGCGCAUAGCAUAAGUUUUAUCAAAGAGCCCUUCCAAGGAAACCAAACCUACACAACUUAUACGCAAGGUGGACAAACUUCUGGCCAGUCGGUCAAUACGUUAAAAGAUACCUUUUGGAGAGACUUGUUUGACAACCCAAGUCAGUGGGCUGAUUACAGGAAGGAUAAGCUCAAUGGACUGGUAAAACCAAAACAUCCCGAUUUCAAGCACAAGGAUAGUGGCCAGCCAUUAUGGAUUAACAGUGCACCAAAAUGGGCCAUUUCAGAACUUCAGAUCACUUCAGGAAAAGGAGAGGAGUACUCUUUGAGCAGUGCUCAAAAACCAGUUGGUUCCAGCUGGAUCAAUUCAGAAAAGAAAUUGGAGUCGACAGAUAGUAGAUCUGGUAAGCUUACUGUAAAGGCCCCAGACUUCAUUCACAAGGACACACGUGAGGCAUUGCGGCUUGAUAGCUCACCAACUAGGGUAUCGGAGAAGUUGCUUCCUGCAAGCAAACCAAAAGAUGAGACAGAGGAGUCCUGGAUGAAUUUAAUUGAAAGUCCAGAUAAAUGGGUGGACAUCAGAUCUGAAAAGGUCAACAUAAAGGAGCCCGACUUUUUACAAAAGGACACUGGCUAUGCAUUGUGGCUUAGUAAUGCACCAACUUGGGUGCUGCAAAAAUUGUUUCCUCCAAAGCGGUUAUGAAGAUAGCUAGAAAUCCUUAAUGAAGGUUCAUUGCAGCCUCUUCUUGUUCUAAUACGAGUUGGCUGAUGAUUUUAAAUCUGCUGGCGAAGGGGCGAUGAUACGUAGCACAGUCUAACUAAACUAAACAAUAUAUGUGGAUUUGUACAGCUUAUCAAGGAUGAAAGGGUAUACAUAAAAGACCAACCAAGAAAAUAUCAGAAUUCUCAAAGCAGUGUUAUUUGGUUCUUCUCUGCCCGACCUCCAUUUCUAUCUCAGCUAAGAGUUGAUGUUCCAGUUAUGCAUUUUGACUGUCAUGCACCUGCAGAAGAUCGACUGUUGGGGCCAACCUAGUUGGUAGCAGUCACACAAUUGUGCUUAUGGUGAUAUAUGGCAAUCGUUAGGUUUUUCGUUAUGGACUGUGCUUGCUUUUUUCCCCUUUUAUUAGCAAAAAGUUCUUUUUUGUUUUUUCAAAGCAAUUAAAGAACUUUGUAGUUUCGAACUGAGGUCACUGAUGUGAACUUUACCACUGCACUGCUUUCAAUCGUCCAAUAACAAAGUUAAAUUAAAAA